CCGUGACGUAAUCCACAGCGACGUCGGUGAUGGCCAUGGCGGAGAGGGGAGCGCGGGUUCUGCGGGCCGGAGGCCGUCUCGCGCUGACUUUAAGACCCUGCCCGGGCCGGGAUAGGGGCCUCGCGCUCUCCGCGGCCGUUACAGCCUGCCCUGGCCGGGAUAGGGGCCUCGCGCUCUCCGCGGCGGUCAGAGCCUGCUCGGGCUGGAACGGCAGCGGCUUCGCCGUCCACAGAUUUUUCUGUACAGCAACUCGACAGAAAAACACUGGACAAAGCUACGAUGAUGACCAAAGCCAGACUCAGAAUGCAGACAAAGCAGAACCCAGCCCAGCAGAGAAGAUACUUGUGGAGGAAAAGAAUAAACUGGAUGAGCAACUGAAGGACCUUACAGACAAAUAUAAACGAGCACUAGCAGAUGCUGAAAAUAUACGUCAAAGGAGCCAAAAACUGGUUGAAGAAGCUAAAUUAUAUGGUAUUCAAGGAUUCUGCAAAGACCUGUUGGAGGUGGCAGAUAUUCUUGAAAAAGCAACAGAAAGUGUGCCGAAAGAAGAGAUCUCAGGACAGAACCCGCACUUGAAGAGUCUUUAUGAAGGUCUAAUCAUGACCGAAGGACAACUUCAGAAAGUGUUUUGCAAGCACGGUCUCAUCAAGUUGAACCCUCUUGGAGCAAGAUUUGAUCCAUAUGAGCAUGAAGCUCUUUUCCACACUCCAGUGGAAGGAAAAGAGCCUGGUUCAGUGGCACUGGUGACCAAGAUAGGGUACAAGCUUCAUGGACGCACCCUUCGACCAGCACUAGUUGGUGUUGUCAAAGGAACAGAAUAACUACAUUUAGGACUGAACAGUAGAAUGCAGUUCAUCUCUUUGACUAAUGGAUAUUGUUUUUCUGUUUAUGAAGAAUUUAAGAUAAUUUCUUAUAGAAAAUCUGAGGGUCUGCAGGUUUGAAAGAUGUUUCACAAUCAAGUGAAAUGAGUUUUUUUUCCUGUUUGAGUUAUUGGUCAUCAAUAAAUAUUCAGAUCUAUUAACUAUCUCCCACACAGUUUGCAACAGACUUUUUUUCCCAGAUGUAACAUUUGGCCUUAGUUAAAGUCUAAUGUAAUUACUAUCCAGUUGUCUUUUGCCACAUCUUUUUUCCUCUACACUUCAUAUUAUAAAAGCUAAACUAGUUUUCAUAAAGGAAAACAUUUGUUCAAAGCAUCAAUUUGUCUGGUCUAAUACGUAAGUAACUGUCCUCUUUGUGGACGGUUUAGUAUUUUACAUUUAGUCCUUAAUUGUGAAUUGUACAAAAUUGAAUUCAAUUAGUUUAAACAUUACUGUUAGAAAACUGAUCAAGUUAUGAAAUAUUAAGUUUAAUAUUCCUGUAUGUGUAAAUUAUAGGUGCCAACCUUUUCUGUGUCAGUGUCACUUAUAAUGCAACAUCAGGAAUUGAUAUACGGAAUUAGUCCCUGUAUAUUCUGUAGAUUAAGGAAUGAUUGCAUAAUUGAACAAUUUAUUUCCCUUACUUGUGGGAAGCACUGAGAAGCUAACUACUUCAAUUGUUAAAGAUACCGCAAUUUAAAUAAAUCUGACCAAAUUAAA